AUGGAGGCCAAACCCACGCAGACUCAAACUGGACCAACUCAAUCUACUCAAUCUGGCCAGAACAACGAAAAGAGACAAACCAAUUACAAGGACAAUGAUCAAAAUUCAGGCUCUGAUACUGAAUCCCGCAAUGGUAGUGAUGAUGACUCGGAUGGUGAACUUACAUUUGAAGAAUCCAAGAGUCGUCAACGGAAGAAAGCUGCUCGCAGUAGAGAAGAAACCAAAUCUCGCCGUCGUGAUGCAAUGAUGGCCGACCUUGCUGAUGCACCUGACAUCCCAAACGCGGCAUCACAGAUUUCUCAAGAAAUUCAUGAAUAUGUACAAAUGCUAAUGGGAAUCUCAAGGAAGUCACAAUCAAUAGGUUCCAACAAAAACUCUGAUCCAACACUUCCACCACCUCCUAGUCAAACUGAGAUGAACACAUGGAUCACUUCCGAUAUCCGCAUAGCUGGGGAACCAAAUGUGAGGCUUCUUUGGCCAUGUCUGGACUCCCUUGCUGUACAUUUGACUGAGAAGCUGGAUACGAGUCUACCUGGAAUUUGUCAAUGUCAACAAUUAUCCUCGACCAGUGGGUCAAGUGUUUUGACGCACGUCUUAAUGAAGACACCUGCUGGUCGAGAGAAGGUUGCAGCUGACACAGCUUAUUCAAAGAAACUCAUCAGUCGUCCACAAACCAAAAAGGCUAUCUAUGAUGCUCAAAAAUCAGUGGCAGUUGCUAUAUUUGGUGCUGACUCUGGAGAAGCAGAAAUUAUAUCUCAACGUGAUAUUCAUUCUGAAGACAAACUGAGCAGCUCCACUCCCAGCAAGGUCCGAUGCAGCUGGAGGAGUGCCAAACUCGACACAUUGAUCAGCUUGAUUGACCAGUGCGUCUGGGCUCGUGAAACUGUUGCUUCAGCUCGCCGUUCAGCACACCAUCUAGUGGAGCAUGGUCCUUACAACACGACACCCGAUUUUGAUAUAUUUCCGCCGCAGUUGUUUCAACGCUCACUUGUUUUGCCAACUUGGAUAGCUUCAAUGUCAGGAGUUGCGGUCAGGAACUUGAAGUUAGCAACAACUAAUAAGGUUGACAUACUUAGAUCAAUUGAGAAGUUAACCAAAGAGCUUGCUUCUUCUUCCACAUCCCAAUAA